AUGUCGACUCCAACCCUUUACUAUUUUGAUGGCCGUGCUCGUGGUGAGGUCUCUAGACUAUUGUUGGCAUACUCUGGAAAGAAGUAUACGGACUUGCGUAAUCCAUUCCCUUUGCAGGAUGAAGUGAGAGCAAAGACACCUUUUGGUCAACUGCCAUAUUAUGUCGAUGAUAAGAUUGACUUGGCACAAUCUGUUGCCAUCGAGUAUUACCUUGCUGAUCAACUUCAGCUUGCUGGCUCAUCCACCAUCGAGACUGCACAGAUCCUACAAUAUUCAUUGUUGCCAGGUGACUUGUAUGCACCAUACUUCCAAGCAUACCUUGGCAAUGACGAGGCUGCUUUGAAGACAUUCUCCAGCGAGACUGCGCCAAAGGUGUUCAAGAAGCUCGAGGCAUUGCUUGUCAAGGCUGGUGGCGAACAUCUAGUUAACAACAAAUUGAGUUGGGCAGAUAUCAGUAUAUUCAAUCUUCUAGAUUUCUUCCAUCAACAACCAGGUAACCUUGUUGAUGUUCUUCAGCCAUUCCAUGUAUUAUUAGCCUUCCACAAGAAGAUUGGAUCAAUCCCACAGCUUGCCGAGUACAUUAAGGUUAGACCAACAACUAUAUUCUAA